UUUCACACAAAACCUCUCAAGUCCAACAACAAAAAUGCAGCCCUCUUCUUUACUUUCUUCUCUUCAUUCCUCCAUUAAUCUCCAUUCAACUCCCUCUCUCUCCCUUCUCCCUCCUUCUUCUUCUUCUUCUUCUUCUUCUUCCUUUCUCUCUUUUCAUUCUUCUUCUUCGCUUCACUUCACCCCUCUUAAUGUGUCCUUCUCCCCUCUCCAUGCCACCUCCCCCACCAAAACUAAGGGUUUGAGUUUCAGGGUCACUUGUGCUUCCACUAAUCAGCCACUCAAGGUUAUGAUAUCAGGAGCUCCGGCUUCAGGGAAGGGGACUCAGUGUGAGUUAAUUGUUCAAAAGUUCGGGUUGGUACACAUAUCAACUGGGGAUUUGUUAAGAGCUGAAGUAUCAGCUGGGACAGAAAUUGGGAAUAAGGCAAAAGAGUUCAUGAAUGCAGGUCAACUGGUUCCGGACGAAAUUGUGACUGCUAUGGUAACAACUCGAUUAUCGCGUGAAGAUGCUAAAGAAAAGGGGUGGCUUUUGGAUGGAUAUCCACGGAGCUUUUCCCAAGCUGAGAGUCUUGAAAAAUUGAAGAUUAGACCAGAUGUCUAUGUCGUGUUAGAUGUUCCUGAUGAAAUUCUAAUCGACAGAUGUAUUGGGAGAAAGCUAGAUCCAGUGACUGGGAAGAUUUACCAUCUGAAAAAUUUCCCUCCAGAGACUGAGGAAAUUAAAGCAAGACUUGUUACCCGUCCUGAUGACACUGAGGAAAAAGUGAAAUCACGGCUGGAUAUAUACAAACAAAACGCCAAAUCAAUCUCAUCAACUUACUCAAACAUAAUGAAGAAGGUUAAUGGAAACCGGCCAAAAGAAAUGGUUUUCAAAGAUGUUGAAUCUUUGCUCUCUCAAGCACAAGGAGAGAAAGUGAAAACAGCAACAUCCGGGAAACCAGCUCUCAAAAGUGAGGAUAGUUGGAAAGGAAUUCCAACUAGAUUGAAUAAUAUUCCUCACUCUAGAGAAAUCAGGAAUUAUUUCUAUGAUGAUGUGCUGCAAGCAACGCAGAGAGCGGUAAACGAUGGAAGAACACGACUAAGGGUGGAUAUUAAUAUUCCAGAAUUGAACCCAGAAAUGGAUGUUUAUCGAAUAGGGACCUUAAUGGAACUUGUUCGAGUGCUUGCUCUUUCAUUUGCUGAUGAUGGAAAACGUGUCAAGGUCUGUGUUCAAGGGUCUAUGGGUGAAGGGGCACUUGCUGGAAUGCCCUUGCAACUUGCUGGAACUCGUAAGAUUUUGGAGUUCAUGGAUUGGGGUAAUGAAGGUGCUAUGGGGACCUUUAUCAAUAUCGGCUCAAUAGGUGCCAAAGAAGUUGGUGAACAAGAUGACAUGUUCAUCUUAGUGGCUCCUCAAAAUGCCGUAGGGAAUUGUAUUAUAGACGAUCUAAGAGCUAUGACUGAUGUUGCUGGGCAGAGGCCGGUCAUUCUUAUCAACCCGAGGCUCAAGGAUUUACCGGGUUCGAGCGGUAUCAUGCAAACAAUGGGUAGGGAGGAGAGAUUGGUGUAUGCUGCUUCAUUCGAGAGCUGUUAUUUCUUUCGACUUCUGUAUUAUAUGGGAACUCAAUAUCCAAUAAUGGGUGCUCUCAGGAUGUCUUAUCCGUAUCGUUAUGAGUUGUACAAGAGGGUUGAUGAGGCUCCUGGCAAAGAAAAGUAUGUGAUCUUGGCUACAUUUCCAGAAAAGCCAAAUUCAGAUGAAAUUAACGACGCCUUCUUAGGGAAACCGAGGAAUCAAGCAAAGAAAGCCUCAGGAUUCUGGGGCUUCUUGAGCGGCGUAUUUUGAGUAGAAAUACAUCUGUAAAUAUACUGUAUGCAUCAGCAAGAAGUUUAGGGUGCGUUUGGCUCCCUAUUUCUACUCAUAUUCCCCAUCCUAUUCUUUAAAUAUUGUUUGGCACAUUAUUCCAGAAAUAUUACUAUAUUUUUUUUAUUA